GCCCGGAGGCGCCGGGAAGGCGUAGGAUUACUUCUGCUCCACGCACCAGCCCGAUAUGCAGAAGUCGGGCAUGCAUGCCGCCAUUCUCCCCUGCCGCGCGGGACGCCGGUGGGGGUGGCUGCGGCGGCUCCAGGCUCCGUCGCCCAUCAGCAGCCGGCCGCCGGAGGGAUAGCAGCAGCUACAGCAAGUCGACGAGCUCGGCGGCCCGGCUUCCGCAGGAGGAGGAAUCUUUGCGACCACGAGGGCAUGUUCGCGGGCGGCGACGAGGGCGAGCGCAGCGGGCCGUUGGGAAACCGGUGGCCGCGGCAGGAGACGCCUGCCGCCGCAACUCGCCUCUCCCGCUGCAUUGCAAGGCUCCUCGCGUCGUCGCCGCUGCACCCGCCGCACAGGUUGUCUCCUCCCACAAAUUGGCGCGCGCAGGCGAAAUCAAUCGCGGGAACGAAGGAGCGCGCGGGAAAAGAGUGGGCCGAGGGGGCGAUUGGGGAAGGGGCGAGGUCACGCAAAUCUUCGGGGGGAGAGGACGACGGAUUCGGGUCGCCGUAUUUUUCCAGCGAGGAAGCGGGAGCUGUUGGAGCGGCAUUUUUCGUUUUUUUCUCCCAAAAUCAGGGAUGUUUUGAGGGGUCUUUUGGAGUUUCUCUAAGCCAUUUAUCUGUACCACCUCGCCAACAUUUCAGAAGAACUCUCCUGAUUCAUUAAAAAAAACAUUUCAGAAGAACUUUGCGUAGUCAAACUCUCUUUCGCGUUGGGUCGCAUUGCUGUUAAGUUUCUGAUGCACCGAAGUCGUCCCAAUAUACCCGCGCUCAUUCAGUUCACAACGGGGUACAAGUACAACAUUUGUCAAUGCGCACAGCUACCUGAUGAUCGGCUGCGAAAGUAUGACUUCUCCUACGCGUUUGCCGCAAUUUUGUGUCACCUUGACUCCACGAGGCAUAACCCAAAACAGUGCUCGAAUCCACCUCUUCUUCUACUUCCGCAUUGGAGAGAUGUCGCCGGAAACAUUAGCCAUGGCAUCCCUGUCGUCCCGUACCGGCACCAGGCGGCGCUUCGCUCUCCUCGCUUCCACAACUCUUGCCUUCCUGAUCCUAUGCAGCACCUGCAGCUGCUUGCAGUUCAGUUACCCCACCUUCGACGCCGCCAACGAGGCCGAUUUCAGCUUCAGCCCCGGCUCAGGGAUCGCGAACGGAGCCCUGCAGAUCACGCCGACCACCGGAGAAAUCAGCCACCGGUCGGGGAGAGUCUGCUACGCGAGGGAGACCCUCAAGCUGUGGAACAGCGAGCGUACGGCGCUCACGUCCUUCAGGACGGAGUUCGUGCUCAACAUCCUCCCCCGGAACGGCACCGGAGAAGGUAUGGCCUUCAUCCUCACGAACAACCCGGAGUUGCCCACCAACAGCAGCGGGCGGUGGCUCGGCAUAGUGAACAGCCAGACGGACGGCUCGCCGGCGAACCGGAUCGUCGCCGUGGAGUUCGACACGAGGAAGAGCGGCGGCGACGACCUCGACCACAACCACGUCGGCCUCGACGUCAACAGCGUCAGAUCCGUCAGCACGUACCCUCUCACCAAUCUCUCCAUCGCGCUGUCCAGCGGUUCCGACGUGUCGGUCAGCAUAGAGUACGACGGCGCCGUGCUGAGCAUAGUCGCCGUGCAGGCGUACACCUUCAUGUAUUCUUGGGCCGGCGAUCUGUCGCGGUACCUGACGGAUGACAUCACCGUGGGUUUCGCAGCGUCCACCGGCAAGUUCACCGAGCUGAAUCAGAUCAAGUCGUGGAAUUUCACCACGCUAGGCGAUGAUGCCGGCGGUCGGCGUGGACGACGAGAGGCAAGGAAGAAGCUGAUAUUGCUUCUCGCCUACCUGAUCCCGCUCGCCAUAGCCGGAUCUUUCCUGGCGUUCUGCGUGUGGAGAAGGCUGACGCGGCCGGGAAGGUUGGCCUACCGUAACCUCGAGAAGAUGAUCGACGCGCGCGGCCCGGUCAGGUUUGGGUUCAGGGAGCUGAAGAACGCGACCGCCAACUUCAGCUCCGACCGCAAGCUCGGCAGAGGCGGCUUCGGAACCGUGUACCUCGGCUACCUGGAGAGGACGGGCAUGGAGGUGGCCGUGAAGCGGGUGAUGGCGAGCGGCGGCUCCAGCAGAGGGGAGCAGGAGUUCGUGGCGGAGGUGAACUCGAUCAGCAAGCUCUCGCACCGCAACCUCGUGAGGCUCAUCGGGUGGUGCCACGAGCGGGGCGAGCUGCUGCUCGUCUACGAGUACUUCCCCAUGGGCAGCCUGGACAAGCUCCUGUACGCCGACGACGCGAGAGGAAGUGGCUCGCCGGCGCCGGGGCUGACGUGGGAGCGGCGGUACGGGAUCAUCUGCGGCGUGGCGGCGGCGCUGGAGUACCUGCACCACGGGAGCAGCAGGCGGAUCCUGCACCGGGACGUGAAGACCAGCAAUGUGAUGCUGGACGGCGGGUACGGCGCGCGGCUGGGCGACUUCGGCCUCGCCCGCGUCGUCCAGAGCGAAGGGGCAACGCACCACUCGACGCGGGCGGUGGCGGGUACCCGCGGGUACAUGGCGCCCGAGAGCUUCUUCACGGGGCGCGCCGGCCUCGGCACGGACGCGUACGCGUUCGGGGUCUUCGUCUUGGAGGUGGUCAGCGGGAGGCGGCCGAGCAGCCCCGUACCGCAGCACCACUCGUACCUCGACGACAACGACGACCUCGGCGGCGGCGGUCUUGACGACGCCGUGCCGAGCGGCGCCAGGGGAGGGCGGCAGCAGGACGCGUACAUCGUGGACUGGGCGUGGAGGCUCUACGGCGAGGGAAGGGCGUGGCGCACCGCCGACGCGGCGCUGGGCGGCGCGUCCGACCCGGAGGGGGUGGAGCGCGCCGUGAGGCUGGCCCUGGCGUGCUGCCACCCGGACCCGAGGGAGAGGCCGUCCAUGCGGGCGGCGGUGCAGGUGCUGGCCGGCGGGGUCGAGGCGCCGGAGCCCCCGCUCGUGAAGCCCGCGUUCGUGUGGCCGCCGGACGGCGGCAGGCAGCAGGAGAUGGAGAUGGCGCGCGUCGGGGUGCUCUUCACGGGGGCACACUCCAGUUUCUGCACCAUGACCUCCAGCUCCAUUAUCUCUGGAAGAUGAGAAGCGAUAUGCCGCGGGCGCUGUUUCCAGCUUCCACCGCGGCCAGCCGGGUCGGAGGUACCCGCUGCCCCGCCGGCCGGACCAGCCUGGUUGACGGAAGUUUGGUUGUGACUUUGCGAGGCCACUGUGGAACGGAACCGGUGGGAACUUUGGUUGCUUAGAUCAUUUUUGCGGUGCCAGUCGACCACUGAGUUGUACUCCAGUUUUAACGGCCAGGUAACCUUUUGACAAGGGGACCUUUCAGAUCAUGGUACGAUUGGCUUUGUUGGGUGCAGAAGAAGUUUGUAGCUUGUAGCUUUCCGUUCAUCAGGGAAACUAGAUAAAUAGGUGCGUGAACUUGGUGCCACCAGGCCACGUUCGAGUUCCCACCAACUGCUGUGGGCACCACUCAACAGCGAAAUUGUCAAACGUAUCCUGUUGCUAGGGGUGGCUGACGAGCUAGCUCGUUUGAUAAAUCAAGUUUGGCUUGGUUCGUUUGAAAGUUCGAGCCAGCUUG